AAUGUACCGCCGUUCUAAUGAAAGAAAACGGAAACAAAUGUCAGUCAUGUGAUCCAAAAUUACAGAUUCUCUUUUCGAAAAUACUGUUCGCCAUAUUAUUUCCUUUUGGGAACCUAUCUCUAAAAUAAAAAGAUAAUUUUACGUAACAUCUACAUUUUACAAAAAUCUUGAUUUUAAGAAUUUCGUCACGUCAUGCGCUUUGACUUAGUGUGACAUCACCAAAUUAUCAACUGGAUUUACAUGCCAUUGGAGGAAUCUUGGCCUUCAGCUUGAAUCCCACCAAUCGAGAGGCUCGAAAUUCUGCACUCCACCUGAAAUUUUCUUAUCGUCAUAUGACCCAUUCUUGCUGGUGGCAGUCGUGUAAGCCAUAUUUGUCAGUGGGUUCGCUAGUUCCGUAGUGUGUUGUGCACAUUUAACAUCGUUCUGGCCUGUAAAUACUCCUAAUAACUUAAAAAAUGGCAGAUGACAAACACCCCGUCUAUGGACCCUUCUUUGGAGUCAUGGGAGCCGCGGCUGCUAUCAUUUUCAGUUCGCUGGGCGCCGCCUAUGGUACGGCAAAAUCAGGAACCGGUAUUGCCGCUAUGUCGGUCAUGAGGCCGGAACUUAUCAUGAAAUGUAUUAUCCCAGUUGUCAUGGCGGGUAUCAUUGCCAUCUACGGUCUGGUCAUAGCUGUACUGAUCUCUGGUAACAUCCAAGACAGCUCUACAUAUUCAUUGUACAGUGGUUUUGUCCAUUUGGGUGCUGGUCUUUCAGUAGGAUUUUCAGGAUUGGCGGCAGGUUUCGCUAUUGGUAUCGUAGGUGACGCUGGUGUAAGAGGUACCGCACAACAGCCAAGACUCUUCGUAGGAAUGAUCUUGAUCCUCAUUUUCGCCGAAGUAUUAGGUCUUUAUGGUCUCAUCGUCGCCAUUUACCUCUAUACUAGAGCUUAAGCGCCCAGCUCCCCUAAAUUUUCAUCUCCUAAACACAGCGUACCAAAAGUUGCGCAUCUCGCCCCGAUCAUUUUGUUUUUAAUGUCUACAUGUAAAAAUAAAAACUGUAUAAAUGGUAGCAGGCGAUGAAAGUGACUGAGGCGGGCAAUGUAAAUAAUUUAGUUAUGAUGGGGCCCGUAUUUUUCGCGUACGGGGCAAAACAAAUUAAUAAUUUUAGUAAAAAAGACUGGGCCUCUUCAUCGCUGCUGUGUCCACACACACGACUAAUAAUUCCUUAUUUCCAUAUUCAUGGAACCGGUCGAGUUUUCUUGACAGGUUUUUGUAUUAAAACGAAUUUUCUUCCUAGGCAAAAUAAAGGUCUUAGUUACUAAUAGGUUGUUCAAAUGAAAAUGUACGAAACGACACUGUGGGUAUAAAUGAAGUCUUUAUUCAAAGUAUUCACCAUUUACCUGAGCACAACGAUGCCGUUGAUUAGCCGAAGGAUUCAUUGAUCCCAGAACUCCUGUGACCAUGAACAGUCUUCCCCGUAUACAUCCGGCGUUGAAUAGCAACUGGUUUAACUAACACCUUCCGCCGUCAGAAACCUGAUAACGCCUCACGAAUUUUGCAACAUGAACGCCAUGAUGUGCCCACACGAACUGUCGCGUCAAUUGAACGGCUCUCUUAUAAGAGCCUCUAUUCUCUCCUGCGCAUGCGGGCGCCCGGGAAUGCCCCGAUCGAAUCCGAAGGCUACAUUUGCCUCCCUGGAUGUCUCACUACGUUAUCCCAUAACGGCAUAGGCAAUUAUGUUUGCGGUUAAGUUGUUACGACGUUUCGUGCCUUUUCAUUUGAUCAGUCGCAGUAUAAUAUACAAGAGAAGAGGGAAAACAAAUUUUGAUUUAUUUUGCCUCGUACGUUACAAUACCUGUGCUAUCAUUGUAAAUAAUUUUAAACAUACUUAGAAGCCUCUAUUUCAUUUUCAUGGCGGGUCACCACUAUUAUUAAAUUAAUUGUAUAGUUAGUAGAAUUUAGGUUACCGUUUUUCUUUUAAUAUAAAAGCUAGACUCUAUUGAGCCUAGGAAGUAUUUGAAUAAAGUUAAAAAAGUAGCACAAUUUAUUUUUAAUUUCACAAAAAUACUGUACAUUUGUUUUAUCAUUAGUGUGUUAUACUUGAUAUAUCAUUUUCAUGGCCUUACGAAGGCUUGGUCUCUUUAUAAAACAAAUGGUUCGGGAAUGUUAUUUUUGACAAUUUUUUUGAAUAGCAAGUUUUAAGCCAGUAAAACUGUGGUAUUUUUUUUCAAUGCAUCAUCUUUUUUAAUAAAAAAAACUUUGGUUAAUGGGACAUUACAUCGCAAAACCGUCAUUUCUAAAUAAUAUCGUCUUAAUUUAUUUAUCUAACAAUGUACUGUCUAAAUAACAUUCGUAAACCCUGUACAUUUUUUUAAUAGUCAAUUUUUAUUUGUUCCCAUCCUCAUCAGUUUUGCUUACCUUUUUUUCUCUCUCAAAAAUAUGAUUUCAAAAUAAUCUAUGUUCCAUUACCUUCCAAAAAUAAUAUAAAACGGUUUUAUUAUAUCAGCAUUGUUGUAAAUAUGACAACUUAUGUGUAUCGAUGGUUUUUUUGAUGUCCAUAGCUGUACGUGUUAGCCUAAAGUGUAGUCAUAGCUUUGGCAAAAAACAUCCCCGUUUUCAACACUGACGAAACUUCUAUUUAAUAGACAGACGGUGAUGCUUUUUGACUUUAGCAGAUAAGAAUGUUAUACAGGGUUAACAAAAAUGAGAAUACUACGUCUGAUAUAUCCUGUAACACACAAAAUACUUUAAAGCUCAGUUACACGAUGCUAAUAACUUGUUUUACUGGAAUAUAAAACACCAAUUUACACAAGGAGAGUACUAAAAGUCAGUACAUACUCGGUUUUAGUGACUCACAAGUGUUACUAGCAUGGUGUAACUGAGCCUUUAUCCUGGCAUUCCAGUUACUGGACAAUGCUAUCAUAUAAAUACCAUGCCAUCUAAAUAGGUAAUCUACUUGUUAGUCCUAAGAGUUUAUCACUAUUUAAGUAAACGAUGAAUUGAAUUGGCUGUUUUGUGUUACAAGGCUAGUAAGUUUUCUCUUUUCGAGUCAACCCUGUAGUAUCUCCUUUUUAUUUUAGUCAUGAAUCAUCAUCUCAGCACGAAGCUUGUUGGGCAAGUGUCUGCCGGUUUUCGGUGGAUUCGGUCCAUCGAAAUAGGCAGACAUUGUGUCCUAUUGUUGUAGAGUAUUAUAUUAUAAUGUAGAUUGGUUCUGUUGUAAGAAGGGAACAGCAAAAUUAUGUUGAAAAUAAAUAAUUUGUACAUUCCAUUAUAUCUCUGUUUUAUCAA